UAAUCCCUGAGAUUGAGGUGAAAUCCUUUCUGGUCCAUGGAGAGAAGUUCAUUAAAUGGGAUGAUGAAACUGGAGCUGGAUUACCGGUAGUUAUGCGCUUAGAUUUGCAAGGGCACUAUCUAUACUGGACCUAUCAAAAUAAGCAAAUCGAGAGCCUGGCAUUAACAGAUAUCCGUGACACAAGAGUUGGCAAGUAUGCCAGAGCCCCCAAGAAUCCUAAAAUCCGUGAACUUUUCGACGUGGAUAAUCCCAACUCGAACUUCUACACUAAGUGCCUGACCGUGGUGUCUGGCCAGGAUUUUCAGAGCUUGGUUUUUGAAAAUUUUGUUGCUUUCAAGGCGAACGUGGUGAAGGACUGGGCAGCGGAAAUCCUGAAAAUCGCUAUCCAUCCUCUGACCCACAAUGCCUCGAGAUUAUCCACAAUCAACAAAAUGUACACAAGGAUAAAAAUAUUUGUCAAUGAAGAGAGAAGAAUCCCAGUUAAAAAUAUUUACCAGAUGUUCGCAGCUGACAGGAAGCGGGUAGAGGCUGCAUUGAGUGCCUGUAAUCUUCCAACUCAGAAGAAUGACACAAUCAAUCCUGAAGAUUUCACAGAAUCGGUCUUCAAGCAAUUUAUAACACAGCUGUGUCCUCGGCCCGAGAUUGACCAGAUCUUUGAAUUAAUGGACGUAAUGGUAAAGCCGUACUUGACUCGGCAGCAGGUGUCUACGUUUAUAAACCAGAUACAGAGAGAUGCCCGUCUGAAUAAUUUUCUUUUUCCAUUAAUACAACCGGAACAAACCCAGAAGCUGAUAGAGAAGUAUGAGCUGAACAAAUCAAAUGCAAAUAAGGGUCACUUGUCACUGGAGGGGUUAUGCUGGUAUCUGUCUGGCCCAGAAAACAGCCUUAUAUUCCCCGAAAGGCUGACCGUUUAUCAGGACAUGACGCAGCCUCUGUCAAGUUACUCCAUCAAUUCAUCCCAUAACACCUACCUCACUGCCGGGCAGUUCUCUGGGCUUUCAUCCCCGGAGAUGUAUCGGCAGGUCCUCCUUGCUGGGUGUCGCUGUCUGGAGCUUGACUGUUGGAAAGGCAAGCCACCCGAGGAGGAGCCCAUCAUCACACACGGUUACACCAUGACAACAGAAAUCCUGUUCAAGGAUGUGAUCGAGGCCAUAGCAGAGAGCGCUUUCAAAACCUCCCAGUACCCAGUCAUCCUGUCCUUUGAGAAUCACAUUGACUCCCCUAAGCAGCAAGCCAAGAUGGCAGACUACUGCCGAACCAUAUUUGGAGAUAUGCUACUAACAGAGCCUUUGGAAAAAUAUCCACUGAAGCCUAGAGUUCCUACCCCCAGUCCGCAGGAACUGUUGGGCAAAAUCCUCAUUAAGAACAGGAAGAAUCAGGUUUUCGGUAACAGAAGCCAAGAAACAAAGAGAAGGAAGAACUCGUAUCCAGCACCUGAUCAGGCAGCAUCUGGUGAAACAGUGAAUAUAGGGGAAGCUGACGAAGAGCAGUGUGAAAAUGAGGAGGAGCAGGACAACAUUGACCAGGAGGAUGAUGAAGAACAGAAGAAGCAGGAAUCUGAUGAGGGGACUGCUGGCCAGGAAGUGAGAGCAUAUGAGGAGAUGUCCAGUCUCGUCAACUACAUUCAGCCCGUGAAGUUUGUCUCCUUCGAUUUCUCCAAGGAAAGAAAUCUAUCCCACAUAGUCUCAUCUUUCACGGAGACCAAAGCUCUGGAUCUGCUCAUGAAAUUCGCCGUGGAUUUUGUGGAAUACAACAAGAGACAAAUGAGUCGCAUUUACCCCAAAGGGUCGAGAAUGGAUUCCUCAAACUACCUACCUAAUGUCUUCUGGAACACUGGCUGUCAGAUGGUUGCUCUCAACUUUCAGACGGCAGAUAUCCCCAUGCAGCUGAACAAUUCAUGCUUUGAGUUCAACGGGCGGUGUGGCUAUAUUCUGAAGCAUAAGCUGCUGCGUUGUCAGGAUAAGAAGUUUGAUCCUUUCACUGCUGAUCAGAUAGAUGUUGUUGCACCAAGCUCAUUGUCCAUUUUGAUUAUAUCUGGGCAGUUUCUGUCAGAUCGCAACUCAAGAUUCUAUGUUGAAGUGGAAUUAUUUGGACUCCCCAAUGAUCCUAAGCAGAAGUUCAGAACAAAAUUGUCCCUUGAGCAAAAUUCCAUCAACCCUCAGUGGAGGGACAAGGAACCCUUCCUUUUUGAAAAGAUCCUUGUGCCAGAAUUGGCUUUUGUAAGAAUUGCCACGUAUGAAGAAAGUGGGAAGUUCAUUGGACAGAGGAUUCUAUCAGUUACUGCUGUCCAAACAGGAUAUCAUCAUAUUGGCCUGCGGAAUGAGACUAACCAUCUGCUCCCCAUGGCAACGCUAUUUGCUUAUAUUGAAGUGAAGGACUAUGUGCCUCACACCUGGGCAGAUUUAACAAAGGCAUUGGCUGACCCAAUAAACUUCAUCCGCAGGCUGAGCAUACAGUCGGAGGUGGAUUCAUCAGCAGUUUCUGGAAAGGAUGUCACAGAAGAUGAAGCGCAAAUGCAGGAGAGUGACAGUGGAACAACGGACACCAAUGAAGCAUGCAAGCUAUUUACUACAGAGGAACUGAAGAUGCAGAAGGCACAUAUCAAAAUGCAGAAAAAGCAUGAGAAAGAAUUGAAGGAGUUGGAGAGGAAGAUUCAGAAGAAGAGAAAUGAAGUGAUCCAGAAAUAUACCAGCAGCUUUGCAGAACAGUGCAAGAAAAAGCAAUCACUUAACAAAUCGUACAAGAAGAAAUGGAGCUUCAGUAGUACUCCUGAGAGUGGUCUCCAGGAAGUUUUGAGCAUGGGGCCAGAGGCUGAAAAAUGGAGUGAACUCAAGGACAACAUGGAGGCAGAAUUAAUGCAAGUUUAUGCAGAGCACUAUGAACUCAUCAGGAACAAGAAAGAGCAGCACAUCACUGAGCAAAUGGCCAAACUAGUGGAGCUAGCAAAAGAAAAACAAGCAAUUGAACUGAAGAAUUUGAAAGAUGCAGGAGAGAGUGAAAUGAAGGAGGUAAAGAAAAGGUUGGAGCAGAAGCGACAGGAGAAGAUUGAGGUGAUGAUGAAAAGCACAGCAGACAGGAUUGUCCGGGAGAGGCGCAAGAAAGAGAUCGCUGAGCACCACAUUCAAGUGUCGGUGAAAGAAUUCAAGCAGACUUUAAUGAAUCAGUCAAAGCUAGAAAGCAAACUCCAGGAAAAGCAUGCAGCUGAUUUUGAAGAGAUUAAGGAAAAGGAAAAAGAGUACCAGCUGGAGGCUCAGAACGAGUAUGAAGCAAAAAUGAAGGCCUUGCCUCAGGAGAUAUCGGAACUGAUCUUGAAUACUAAGUUCACCCAAGAGCGGGAGAAAUUGCAUUGUGAAGGUGCAGUGUGCACUCCAACAGAAACAAGAGUAUGCGAAUUGUCACCCACACUGCCUGACGAGGUGACAGAGGACCCAGUUCCUGGGCUAACUCAACAGGCUAUGGAUGGCCUUCAGGAAGUCACUUUAUUAUAACUUAAUACUGAGCUUUCAAUGAUAUCUGGUCAGAUAUAAUUCAUGUAUGCAGUGUUAGCACUAGAUUGCCUAACAGGGAGAUCAG